AACUGUGAUUUUUCAAAAAAAAUGUCUAGUCCAAUAAAUUAUAUGGUGACAAAAACUGAUUCACCCCCACCCUCCUUACCUAGUCCACCACAAAUUCGUACAAAUGGUUCCAAUCAAAUUUAUCUACAAAAUCCUUUAACGAUCGAUACAUCUCCGCAUCAUACUCAAAAUUCUAUUAGUGAAAAUCCUACACAAAAAGGAUCAUUUUGUAUUGAUGCACUAUUAGGGCGAAAUAAACCUUCAGGAGGAACCUCAUCACAAAGUCCACCUUCGGUAAAUUCACGUAGUCCACAAAUGAUUUCACGGAGUCCUAGUCCAAGAAGUGGAACUCCUUUAUCAAGUAAUGCAUCAAGUCCACCAAUUAGUCCUGGUAGUGAAAUACCAAAUCGAUUUAUACCUAGACCCGGUUUAAUGCAUCAUCAUCCAGGGUUUCCACCAAAUGGUGCUAUAUAUGGAUAUCCAACGUCGGCAGCAACUGCACAUUUAUUAGCUGCACAAAAUUCAGCUUUUCAUCACCCGUUGGAUGUUCCGGGUGCUGGUGGGGGGCCUCAUCAAAAACCAAAUGGAAUGGCCGCAAUUAAUCCAAAUCAAUUACAUCAUAUGCAAUUGGAAUGGUUGGCUCGUACAGGAAUGUUUUAUCCAAGAAUACCAGAUCUUACGGGUUGUGGACCAGGAAUACUUGGUAAAACGCGACGACCACGUACAGCAUUUACAUCACAACAAUUAUUGGAAUUAGAAAAACAAUUUAGGCAAAAUAAAUACUUAUCACGACCAAAACGAUUUGAAGUUGCAACUAGCCUUAUGUUAACCGAAACACAGGUAAAAAUAUGGUUUCAAAAUCGUCGAAUGAAAUGGAAACGUAGUAAAAAAGCACAACAAGAAGCCAAAUCAAAAUCAUCAUCCGAUUCAAACAAUCAUCAUCACGAUAGUAACAAUAUAAAUAAUUCCGAUAAACGUCAAAAUCCCGUAAUACAACAACAUAAUUUAACAAAUACCACGUCUGGCGGAGGUGGUGGCGGGGGUACACCAGGUGGUGCUUUACCACCUUCAGCACAUAAUAAUAUAAAAAUGGAUCAUCCACAUCAUCAUCAUCAUAGCAAUACGACAAUCGAUAAUCAUUUAACACCUACAGCUAAUUUAAAUAGUUUAAAUCCAAUACAAUUAGUGAUUGGUACACAAAAUGGAAAUAGUGCAACAAGACGAAUUCAGCAACAAGAUGCUAGUAAUAAUAAUAAUGAACCUUUAUAUCGACCUUAUGUUGUGUAA